CAGGCUGAGCCCGGCGCUGACGAGGAGUCGCGUGGCCCUGGCUGUCCGGCUGAGAAUGAGCCCCGAGGCCUGUCACGCAGGCUCGGAAAGGCCUUAACGGCUCCUCCAGCUGCAGCUGGCAUCGCGGGUUGAGCUGUUUCUGGUGGCGAGGGGGCUGAAGGCUGUGUCUCCGCAGAAGACGGGGGGAGGAAUUCAGGCUAAGCAAAGGCUUGUGGCAAAAAACAAAAUCCAGCUCUGGUGGCGCAGCCGUGGGUGAAAUCCUGCCCCACCAACUUCAAAGGGGCUUUGCACUGAGUGGCUCCAGCUUUGGCCGAGUGAUCGGCCCAGUCCCGCUCCCAGCGCAGCUCAGCUUCUCCGUACGCCCGCCAGGCCCGCUCCAAACAAGAGACAGGCCCAGCUGCUGGCUGAAAUCUUGGCCUGGACCCUGGCCCAUGGGAGCAGCGAGCGUCAGCCCAGGGUGGCGCAAAGGGCCGGGCGCAGCCAUGACGGGGGAGCUGUGCCUGUGCCUGCUGCUCCUGGGCCUUGCGACCCCCUGCCUCUCCAGGCCGGACACCCGCCAGCUGGGCAGAGCGCCGGGCCCUGACGAGCGCAGGAGCAGCGGGCCUGACCCUGGCCCUGUCCGGAGGGACCUGCUCGGGGCCCUGUCUCAGGACCAGAAGCUCCUCAUGGCCAAAUUCCUGCCCCACAUCUACGCAGAGCUGGCAAACCGGGAGGGCCACUGGCACGAGGACGAUGCCCUGCGCUCCCUGCACGACCACGACUAUCCCGGCUGGAUGGACUUCGGGCGCAGGAGCCUGCCCGAGGCCGACGAGGCCGCCUAGGAGCAGCGUCCCGCGGGGCCCGGCUCCGCCCUGCCGGAGGGGGCGGGGCAGGGGCUGCAGGCUCCACCCCCAGGACUUAUGUUUAAGCAUGUCCCACUUGACCUUGUCUCCAAAGUCCUUUGCUGC